AUGGAUGUAUCAGGCCACCAUGAAGGUAGCAAUCACAAACUGUUACUGUUUAUCACACAAAAUUAUAUUGAUUGUGAUUGUUUUUGCUUAUAAAAUGUUAUAAUGAGCUCAUAGAUGAGCUUGAUUGAGUGCUUAGAAAAUAAUAAAUGGGCAGUGCACAUGCACUUGAGUGCGUGUGCACACACACUGGUCUGCGCUGAUCCUGUCUGUGAGAUUGUGCAGAAAAUGUUGUAUCCACACCACAGACAUUGGCACACACUCUACACAAACACACAAACAAACACACACACACACACACACAGUGCCUCAGCCCCCAUUGGUCAGAGUAUGGAAACAGUGGAGAGGCUUUUUUUCUUCCUUCUAUUUUUGGGCCGGAUAUCUUUAAACACAGGACCACAGUCUCGCCACUUAAAAUCAAAAGAGAUUCACUGGUGCUAUCAAAGUUAUUCCAAUGGGUAGGUUUUACAGAUCAAAUUAAAUGUGACCAUACUUUAUCACUCAUAUAACAUCAAUGAUGCUAUUUAGGCCUAUAUGGCAUUUGCAAAGUGAUCAACAGCUAUUGUUUCAAUUCAACCCAGAAUGCAACAAAAAAUAGACAAUACAUUAGGCCUAGCAUUUCAAGCUCUGGUUGAUUUCAAAUGUAAUGAUAUUUAGUGAUAUUGACUUGUGUUUGGUUGUCAACGUAACCAAAUACCAACAUUUGAAAGAGAUGCAUCUUCUGCUUGGACAGUUCCAUCUGUGUCACUGACUUAGGCUCUGGCUUUAAUUCCAGUCUAUAAAUAAAAUAAGUGAUAUGUUGAAUUCACGUCUCCAUCUCAACCAAAACUCGAAUUGAAAGAAUAGCACUAAAUCAAAUCAAACUUUAUUUAAAGUGCAUUUAAAGUUUGAUUUCAUUUUAUUUGGUCAUAUUCUUUAGCACAUUUUUGGUUUAGAUGGAGAUGUGAAUCCAACAUAUCAAUUAUUAAUUUGUAGACAAACUGGAAUUAAAGCCAGACUAAGUCAGUGGCACAGAUGGAACUGUCCAAGCAGUAGAUAAAUCUCCUUCAAAUGUUAAUAUACAGUGGGGGAAAAAAGUAUUUAGUCAGCCACCAAUUGUGCAAGUUCUCCCACUUAAAAAGAUGAGAGAGGCCUGUACUUUUCAUCAUAGGUACACGUGAACUAUGACAGACAAAUUGAGAAUUACUUUUCCAGAAAAUUACAUUGUAGGAUUUUUAAUGAAUUUAUUUGCAAAUUAUGUUGGAAAAUAAGUAUUUGGUAACCUACAAACAAGCAAGAUUUCUGGCUCUCACAGACCUGUAACUUCUUCUUUAAGAGGCUCCUCUGUCCUCCACUCGUUACCUGUAUUAAUGGCACCUGUUUGAACUUGUUAUCAGUAUAAAAGACACCUGUCCACAACCUCAAACAGUCACACUCCAAACUUCACUAUGGCCAAGACCAAAGAGCUGUCAAAGGACACCAGAAACAACAUUGUAGACCUGCACCAGGCUGGGAAGACUGAAUCUGCAAUAGGUAAGCAGCUUGGUUUGAAGAAAUCAACUGUGGGAGCAAUUAUUAGGAAAUGGAAGACAUACAAGACCACUGAUAAUCUCCCUUGAUCUGGGGCUCCACGCAAGAUCUCACCCCGUGGGGUCAAAAUAAUCACAAGAACGGUGAGCAAAAAUCCAAGAACCACACGGGGGGACCUAGUGAAUGACCUGCAGAGAGCUGGGACCAAAGUAACAAAGCCUACCAUCAGUAACACACUACGCCGCCAGGGACUCAAAUCCUGCAGUGCCAGACGUGUCCCCCUGCUUAAGCCAGUACAUGUCCAGGCCCGUCUGAAGUUUGCUAGAGUGCAUUUGGAUGAUCCAGAAGAGGAUUGGGAGAAUGUCAUAUGGUCAGAUGAAACCAAAAUAUAACUUUUUGGUAAAAACUCAACCCGUCGUGUUUGGAGGACAAAGAAUGCUGAGUUGCAUCCAAAGAACACCAUACCUACUGUGAAGCAUGGGGGUGGAAACAUCAUGCUUUGGAGCUGUUUUUCUGCAAAGGGACCAGGAUGACUGAUCUGUGUAAAGGAAAGAAUGAAUGGGGCCAUGUAUCGUGAGAUUUUGAGUGAAAACCUCCUUCCAUCAGCAAGGGCAUUGAAGAUGAAACGUGGCUGGGUCUUUCAGCAUGACAAUGAUCCCAAACACACCGCCCGGGCAACGAAGGAGUGGCUUCGUAAAGAAGCAUUUCAAGGUCCUGGAGUGGCCUACCCAGUCUCCAGAUCUCAACCGCAUAGAAAAUCUUUGGAGGGAGUUGAAAGUCUGUGUUGCCCAGCGACAGCCCCAAAACAUCACUGCUCUAGAGGAGAUCUGCAUGGAGGAAUGGGCCAAAAUACCAGCAACAGUGUGUUGAAACCUUGUGAAGACUUACAGAAAACGUUUGACCUGUGUCAUUGCCAACAAAGGGUAUAUAACAAACUAUUGAGAAACUUUUGUUAUUGACCAAAUACUUAUUUUCCACCAUCAUUUGCAAAUAAAUUCAUAAAAAAUCCUACAAUGUGAUUUUCUGGAUUUCUUUUCUCAUUUUGUCUGUCAUAGUUGACGUGUAUCUAUGAUCUAAAUUACAGGCCUCUCUCAUCUUUUUAAGUGGGAGAACUUGCACAAUUGGUGGCUGACUAAAUACUUUUUUCCCCCACUGUAUGGUUGCGUUGACACUCAAACACAAGUCAAUAUCACUAAAUAUCAUUACAUUUGAAAGCUGACCAAAUGGACUGAUGCAAUAACACUGUGUCAAAAGAAGAUCCGCUCGUUGCUGGGAAUAGUUCUCUACUACGGACACUUCAUAGAGACCUGUUCAGCCAAAGCCAAGCCGCUUUUCAAACUCACAGCCGAGCCGAGCCAACCAAACAUAACACAGCGAGAAGAGGACGAAAACCUAAACAGAAAACAGCAUAUGUCAAGCUCUUAUCUUCUGACUGGACUACAGAGUGCCAAGAAGCGUUCGAGACCUUGAAACGUGACCUGGUGACUAGUGUGACCUUAGCUCACACAGACUUCAAUGAGCUGUUCAUUCUUGCUGUUGAUGCUUAAUUUGUUGGAAUUGGAGUAGUGCUUUCUCAAAUACCCAAGGGUGAAAAGAUAGCCAGACCCGUGGCUUUUUCCAGUAGAAAACUCUCCCGUUCUCAGAUGAACUACACAGCUCACAGAUUGGAAUUUCUAGCCUUGAAGUGGGCAGUCUGUGACAAGUUUAGCCACUGGCUAAAGGGACGACACUUCACAGCCUGGACUGACAACAACCCGCUAACAUACAUACUGAUGAAACCCAGACUUGAUGCAUGUGAGCAACGUUGGGUGUCUAAGCUUGCGUCAUACAGCUUUGACCUGAAAUAUGUUCCUGGAAUUAAGAAUGUAAUAGCCAGCGCUGUGAGCAGAGAUUUGGCAUGCGUCCUCAGAUCCUCAAAAAGUUAUACAGCUGCACCAUCAAGAGCAUCCUGACUGGUUGCAUCACCGCCUGGUAUGGCAACUGCUCUGCCUCCGACCGCAAGGCACUAAAGAGGGUAGUGCAUACGGCCCAGUACAUCACUGGGGCCAAGCUUCAUUCGUCCAGUAAUGUAUUAGCCACUGCCUUGUGACAGAGCCCUAUCUGUCUCUCCUAGAUUGAGUCAAUGGAGUGGCCAAUAGGACUGUACAGGACACCUUCAGAGCAAGCAACAACUGCCAAGUAGUGGUGAGCCCACCAGACGGAGACUCACCUGAAGGGAACACUGAUGAAGUCACCUUCAACACAUGGUUCCAUUAUCUCUCAAGAAAUCUCAGCUAUCUUGAAUGCUCACUGCGCUGGUGGCCUGAGUCAAGUAAUGGGAACAGGGGCAGCCAUUCCUCAGCUACAAUAGGAAGACCAGACCUCUGCUCUCUAUCAGAGUAAGCUGUUAAGCCUACAGCAGCAAGACAGUACUGUGAGUAGAGCCAUAUACUACGUUCAGAGACAUCAAAGACCAAACAGGCGUGAGCGUGCAUCUGAACCCUGCAGCGUGAUCAAACUACUGAACCACCUGAAAGAGCUCACCAUUCGUGAUGAAAUACUGUACAAGGAGAAGAGAGACCAUCACAUGAACAAAAAGCUCUUCCAAUAUGUUGUACCUGAUUCACUGAAGCAGCAAGUUCUCCAUGGCCUUCAUGAUACAGCGGGUCACUAAAAGCGCUCUCGAACACUAUCUCUUGCAAGACAACGAUUAUUUUGGACUGGGAUGGAGCAUGACAUUGAGAGUCCUGUGAAGAACUGCCAUCGAUGCAUUGUUUGAAAGACUCUGGAACCCCAUGCUCGAGCUCCACUUGAGAACAUUAGCACCUCAGAAGCAAUGAAAUUGGUUUGUAUCGACUUUUGGACUGCAGAACAGAGUGAUAACAAGUCCAUAGAUGUUUUAGUUGUAACCGACCACUUCACAAAAAUGGCCCAUAAAUUCCCAUGCAAGAACCAGUCUGCAAAGCAAGUAGCUCGUCGCCUGUGGAAUUACUUCUUCUGCAUAUAUGGAUUUCUGAGGCCUAUUCACUCCGACCAGGGAGCCAAUUUUGAAAGCAGGCUGAUAAAUGUAGUGUUGGAGUUAGCUGAUGUGGAGAAAUCACACACUAUUCCCUACCAUCCUAUUCAGAAUAGGAUUACAGAUCCCUUCAAUAGAACCCUUGGUGGUAUGACCAAUGUCACGCUCUGGCUCCGGGACUGUGUAUUUUGAGCCAGGGUGUGUUUAUUUGGUUGUGUUUGGUGUUGGGUUGUGUUAUGUUCUAGGUUGUCUAGGUCUAUGUUUGUUCAAUGACUCCCAAUCGGAGGUAACGAGUGUCAGCUGUCGGCUCGUUAUCUCUGAUUGGGAGCCAUAUUUAUACUGUGUGUUUUCACCUUGUGGUUGUGGGUUUUUGUUCAUUGUUCAGUAGUUGUCACUGAGGACUUCACGAUCGUGGUUUGUUUUGUAUUCUCGUGUUGAAUUAUUAAAGUCAAGAUGUUCACUCCCAACGCUGCGCUUUGGUCAUACUUCUUGGGCGAUCGUGACAGAAAAACCCACCAUCAAAGGACCAAGCAGCGUGUCCAGGAGUCGGCAGCCUGGAUGUGGGAGCAGCGUCGGAGGGACGAGAGGCACCCCCAAGAAAUUUUUAGGGGGGGGCACAGGGCAUGGACGACGGGGCUGACGGAGGCAGAGAAGGGGCGAAUUCAAAAGGCCACCAGGUUACGGGGCCCACUGGUCAAAGUAGGGAGUGGAGAUGUAGAGGCACGGCGAGUGGUACUGGGUUGUAUUACCAGUCCGGUCCGGCCCGUUCCAGUUCCCGGGGUAGAGCCAGUGGUGUGUGUCCCCAGUACGGUCCGGCCUGUUACGACCCCUCGCACCAAAUGGACGGUGCGCGUCGCCAGCCCAGCCCGGCCGGUGCCUGCUCCACGUACUAAGCCUACGGUGUACGUGGCCAGCCCAGCCCGACCUGUUCCUGCUCCACGUACCAGACCCACGGUGUGCGUCGCCAGUCCAGCCCGGCCGGUUCCUGCUCCACGUACUAAGCCUACGGUGUACGUCGCCAGCCCGACCCGGCCUGUUCCUGCCACACGCACAGAGCCUACGGUGUGCGUCGCCAGCCCAGCCCGACCUGUUCCUGCUCCACGUACCAGACCCACGGUGUGCGUCGCCAGUCCAGCCCGGCCGGUUCCUGCUCCACGUACUAAGCCUACGGUGUACGUCGCCAGCCCGACCCGGCCUGUUCCUGCAACACGCACAGAGCCUACGGUGUGCGUCGCCAGCCCAGCCCGACCUGUUCCUGCUCCACGUACCAGACCCACGGUGUGCGUCGCCAGUCCAGCCCGGCCGGUUCCUGCUCCACGUACUAAGCCUACGGUGUACGUCGCCAGCCCGACCCGGCCUGUUCCUGCCACACGCACAGAGCCUACGGUGUGCGUCGCCAGCCCAGCCCGGCCUGUUCCUGCUCCACGCACGAGACCUACGGUGUGCGUCGCCAGCCCAGCCCGGCCUGUUCCUGCUCCACGCACGAGACCUACGGUGUGCGUCGCCAGCCCAGCCCGGCCUGUUCCUGCUACUCGCACCAAGCCAAGGGUGCGAGUCGUCAGCCUGGUGAGGCCCAUUCCGGCUCCACGCAUCAAGCCUGUGGUGCGUUUCGUCAGCCCUGUCCGGCCCGGGCCCGCUCUCCGCACCAAGUCAAGGGUGCGCUUCGUCAGCCCGGUCCGGCCCGUUCCUGCUCCCCGCGCCAAGGCAGUGGUGCGCGUCGUCAGCCUGGUAAGGCCCGUUCGUCCUCCACGCACCAAGCCAGGGGCGCGCGUCGGAGGUCCUGAUCCAGCAAGCUGGGUCAGAUCGGACCGGGGGCACUACGGGGGGAGUGAAGUGGGGUGGUGGUCAAGCCCGGAGCCGGAGCCGCCUCCGAGGAGCAACACCCACCCAGCCCUCCCCUGUUUGGGGUUUUUGAGGCGCGGUCGCAGUCCGCGCCUUUAGGGGGGGGUACUGUCACGCUCUGGCUCCGGGACUGUGUAUUUUGAGCCAGGGUGUGUUUAUUUGGUUGUGUUUGGUGUUGGGUUGUGUUAUGUUCUAGGUUGUCUAGGUCUAUGUUUGUUCAAUGACUCCCAAUCGGAGGUAACGAGUGUCAGCUGUCGGCUCGUUAUCUCUGAUUGGGAGCCAUAUUUAUACUGUGUGUUUUCACCUUGUGGUUGUGGGUUUUUGUUCAUUGUUCAGUAGUUGUCACUGAGGACUUCACGAUCGUGGUUUGUUUUGUAUUCUCGUGUUGAAUUAUUAAAGUCAAGAUGUUCACUCCCAACGCUGCGCUUUGGUCAUACUUCUUGGGCGAUCGUGACAACCAAAGCCAAGUGGCCCCCAAAUGUUACAGAUGUUGACCUUCUGCUACAACUGCACAGAGCACGAGACAACUGUCUUGGCACCGUUUUAUCUCAUGUUUUGGAGGACCCCACGACUUCCCGUUGACGUCAUGUUUCAGAAUGUCCUCACAGACAACAGUGUAAUCAACCAUCUGGAGUUUGUGUCACUUGAAGAAAGACCUGAAUGAAGCAGCUCAAAUAGCUCAGAAGCACAGCCUUCAUGAACCGACACGCCAUGCAAAGCACUACAACCGCAAGGUAAAAGGAUCACCAUUGAUGGUAGGAGACAGAGUGCCACUAUCCAACAGGGGUGAAAGCGGAAAAAGGAAGAAUGCAGAUAGAUGGGACUCAACAUUAAAUGAAGUGACAUCAGUGAAACCAGCCAUCAAUGUACACAGGAUUAAGGAUCUACAGACAGCCAAAGAGAAAGUUGUUCACAGGAAUCUCCUGCUUUCUGUAACAUUCCUUCCACUAGACACGGGAAUUGAUGAUGAAGCCAUCUGUGGAAGUGUACCUGAGAUACCUGAUGAAGAAUAGGACUGUGAUACAUGGACAGUGAACAAGCUCAUGCAAACCGCUGAAAGCGAAGAACGAGAUUUACCGGAUGACUUAACUGAUGCAGUUGAGAAUAGUCCUCAUCCAGAUGAAGAACUGGCCAGCAACCUCAGUGAUGUAGUGAUUUACCAAGAUAGUGAUGACCCCAGUAGUGACAUCUGUCGUGGAAAUUCUAACCAAGUGGGAGAGACACAGUAGUUUCUUCAAACAAUUAAUCUUUAUUGAAUUAUUGCAAUAAUGAAGCUGGUCAACCAUACACUCUAAGGUGGAAUGCCGAGAGCUCAACAACACGGAGAAUGCAGAGGGUGUAUAUAGCAAUCUAGGAACUGCUGAGACAUGGUUGAUUCCACUCCUCCCCGGCGCACCUGGGCUUCACAAUAAUUUUGUGUCAACUUGUGGUCGAGUGCACCGGGUGUUGUUUACCCCACCCUGGCUUAGUUUCUCAGGAAGAGGAUGCUUUAGAACAAUAACGAGUCUGCUUCUGCUCCUUGAGCUAUCUAUGGUUGCCAGAUGUGUCCUUGGCUGUACACUCAGAACGGCUGUGGGGAGUGAAAGUGGGAGAGAGGAAGCAACCCUGAGGCGGGGGAAGGUGUGAAACCAUCUUGUCGUCUCACACCUUGCCUGUGUGCUCAGCAAUACGUCUUCUCUGUUCCUUUAAACAGAGAACUCUACAAUUAUUCAAGUUUCUAAUAGCUAGUUACAAAUGCUUGUAUAGGCAUCUCUAAUAACUGGUUAGUCAAAAAAUAUUGUAAUCUUAGAAUUUUCCCUCACACAUCACCCACUUCUGUGGACAGUAUGAAUGACUUUCACAUCUCUGAGCCUGCCCAAGAAAAUUACCACUCAGAAGCGUCCAUUGACAAACCAGAGCCUGUAGUUUGCAUUCAGCCUGCUUCAGCCAAAACAAGAGUUGGUAGAUCGUUUAGACCUCCAAAAAGGUCUAAAACCAAGUCAUAGAUUAUUCAGAUUCGUCAGUUAGCACUUUGCUUUCCUUCAUCAGAAGCAUGUUUGCAGUGUAGAGGAGUAGAGGAUGUGUCAAGAGGAUAAGCAGAAGCCAAGCUAACACAAAGCAAGUGUUUUCCAAGUACUUAAAGUAUAGAGCUACAUCAUAGUGUGAGAGGUGUACAAGGCAUCUAUUUAGUCUAAGUUAGGUUUGGGGCCUGGUACAUCUCCAUUAUCACACACUUCCUAGAGGAGUGUUUUACAAUUGACAUGUACAACAGUGCUCUAUGAGAUACACAGUUUUUUCUUUGUAUAUUUUUUAUAAAAUUAUAUUCUCUCUAUGGUCUGCAGACUUAGGGAUGUGCUUCUCCAAUUUUGCAGAAUUUAAUGGGUGUGUAUGUAACGGUGUACUGUAAGUUGUUAAAUUCCUGCAUAAAAUGUGUAUUAUGCCACCUCCUGGUAGAUUAGUGUAGUUACAUUGUCUAAUAUACCCAGUAAUAAAGGUAUGGGAUUCUGGGUAAUCCACACAGAUUUAUGGAGAGUGAGUUGAAAAUGGAAUGGUCCUGGGAUAGAAAUGUAUGAAGUUGACGUUACAUUAUAAAAUCCACCUUUUACAUUGUACAUUAGCAAUGUAUGUUAUUAGUAACUACUGUUGUUGGUUUGGGUCAAAAAAGCCACUCUUUAUAUGUUAUUUCCCAAAUCUCAGUUUUCCAUGUAGGUUUUAUGCUAGCUAACGUACCCUCUUUGAAGUUGGUAGCUAACUCGAAAAUGCAUCUUCUUUAGGAGUGCUAUUUACAUCCCGUCGACUGCUGAUCAUACAUCCAUACUUUGUGUAUGUCCCAUCAUUGCAGGUAAUUUAUGACAAAUGUAUAAAGUAUAUGUUUUAUAAACUCAUGAGCACCAGCCAGCGCAUUAGCCUGCUUUUGUUAGCUUAGGAAUAUAUGUAGUACAUUGUAGGUGAAUUAUUUUUCUUCGCCACAAGAGUGCAACAUUGAGUAAUUUUUCAGGAUAAUUUGAUAUAUUUUGAAUAUUAAAAUGGAUUAUAAAUGUAUUCUUAUGUUGUAAAUAUGAGAUUACACAUGAAAACAAUGUAUUUAUUUUUAUUAUAGUAAAUUGGGAAUUAUUAGAAAUUGUUAAAUCCACUAUAGGAUCACAAUGACUUUGGUAGACAUUUCGAUUGUUUUUUUUGUUAGUAUAUUAUACAUCAGAUUUAUGGAGAAUUGCUGUGGGAGUGCUAUUUAUAUCCCAUUGACUACUGAUCAUUCAUCCACACUGUGUGUGUGUCCCAUCACUGCAGAUUUUUGAAAUAAAUGAACUAUCCAUCCGUUGCUCCUUCCUGUGAUGGACCAGGACCAGGAAGGUCACAUGUGGAGCAUGUUAGGUCCUUAGUGAUGUGGAUGCCAAGGAACAGCCCUGUUUAUGUGGAUGGGGAUGUGCUCUCCCCUCUUGCUCUUAUAGUCCACGAUCCGCUCCUUUUUCUUACUGACAUUGAGGGAGAGGUUGUCCUGGCACCACAAUACCAAGUCUCUGACCUCCUCCCUGUCGUGUCGUCAGCAAACUUGAUGAUGGAGUCAUGUGUGGCCACGCAGUCGUGAGUGAACUGGGACUACAGGAGGAGACUAAGCAGACACCCCUGAGGGUUUCCCGUGUUGAAGGUCAGUGUGGAGGAGGUGUUCUUGCCUAUCCUCACCACUUGGGACCGAACAGUCAGAAAGUCCAGCAUCCGGUUGCAGAGGGAGGUCUUCAGUCCCAGUGUCGCGAGCUUGGAGGGGACUAUGGUGUUGAACGCUGAGCUGUAGUCUAUGAACAGCAUUUUCACAUAGUUAUUUCCCCUCUCAAUUGAGUUUGCUUCAUCUGUGGAUCUAUUGGGGAGAUAUUUGAAUUGGAGUGGGUACAUGGUGUCUUGGAUGAUGGUGUUGAUGUAGACAUGACCAGCCUUUCAAAGCACUUCAUAAUUACAGAUGUGAUUGCCACAGACAGGUUACCUUGGAGUUCUUGGGAACACGGACAAUGGUAGUCAGCUUGAAACAUGUCGGGAUUACAGACUGGGAGAGAUUGAAAAUGUCUGCGAAGACACUUUCCAGCUGGUCUGCGAAUGCUCUGAGAACUCGUUCUGGUAUUCCGGCUGGCCCAGCGGCCUUGCGAGUGUUAACCUAUUUAAAUGUUUUACUCCGUCCACAGAGAGCGCGAUUGCACAGCCAUCUGGAACAACAGGGGCUUUCAUGCAAGACUCAGUGUUGUUUUACUCAAAGCGAGCAUGAACUGCAUUUAGCUUGUUUGGGAGUUCUGUGUCACUGGGUAUCUGACAGUUGGGUUUGUAAUCAGUAAUCGCCUGCAUGCCCUGCCACAUCCGAUGAGCGUUGAAGCUGGUGUAAUAGGAUUCCACCUUCCUCCUAUAUUGUCCUUUUGCAUGUUUGAUGUCUCGUCGGAGGUCUUAGCUGGCUUUCUUUUAUGAGUCCAUGUCCGUGUUCGGUUCCUUGUAUGUUGCAGCUUUAGCCCAGCACAGAUAUUGCCUGUAAUCCAUAGGUUUUUGUGUUCGAUACCUUUUGUAUAGUCACUGUGUGGACGACAUUGUCUAUACACUUAAUGAAGCCCAUGCUAUCAGAUGAAUCCCGGAACAUAUCACAGUCUCUACUAGCAAAACAGUCUUGUAGAAGUACCCUCGCGUCUGCUUCUUCAUGUGGACGAUGUUGUCCAUACACUUAAUGAAGCCCAUGACAUAUGUGGUAAACUACUCAAUGCUAUCAGAUGAAUCCCAGAACAUAUCACAGUCUGUACUAGCAAAACAGUCUUGUUGCCUCGUUUCUGCUUCUUCGGACCACUUCCUUAUUGAGCGUGUCACUGGAGGUAGCCUACUUGGCCACUGUUAAAACAGUAAGUUAAAGCGGGUACAGCCUCAGUGUUCACAGUUAACAAUCGCUGGAAGUUGCACAGAGUUUUCACAACAUUCAUGUUCGCGCUCAGCAGACCUGAAAUUUGCUCAGUGCUAAAAUAAAUUAGAUGGAAUACUGGUCACAAGCUUGAUGUUGUCAAUGCGUGCUAGGAAUAUGGGACCAAAUACUAAACUUUUCACACUAAAUGUUUUACUACUCACUAUAAUUGAAUUUGUCCAAAUAAUUAUGGCACAUUCAAAUUGGGGGAUACAUAAAGUGCCUUCAUUUCUAAACAUAUACGCAUGAAAAUAACCUAAAAUAGGUGACAUUCUUUACUAUCGCCUCACACAAAACACUUGAUCUCAAAUCCAAAAUGCUGGAGAAUAGAUACAAAUUAAAAGUCUUAGCUUCACUGUCCAAAUAAAUUAGGGGAGUGUAUGAAAACAUCUUCUAAAGGACAAACCUUGAUAGAAGAAUUUGGUAAUGACUAAUUAUUAAUGACUAAUUAUUACACCCUGAAACUGUGUGAAAAGUGUUAGAAUCAUAAGACUAUAAUCCGAUAAUAUGUGUAGCUUAGUUAGAAGUACAAUGAGGCAGUCAGAAUAUUGUGAGAACGGCGAUAACUAAAAAAUGCAGCCUGCCAGAGCAAGGAGUAGACUAUGAUAAGAAUAUGUGUGUGUGUGUGUGUGUGUGUGCGCGUGUGUGUGUGUGUGUGUGACCUGAUGGUCAGGAGAGCAGAGGAAAACAUGAGCUAAACCCAUGUACAGUGGAAAAAUACAGCCCGCCUAAAGCGGGGUGGGAUUUUUGUAUGACGUGUGUGUAUAAAAGAUGGACUCUGAAAUUGUGAUAACAGAAUUCUUUGGGCAGAAUUCUCUGAAUAAAGACCUGGCUAUUGCACUGAGGCUCUGUCCGUUUCUUGAACCAAAGUCUUACAAACUUUGGGAAACGCACAGAGACACUGAAAUAGUUAGUAAAUAAAUUCUCUUAACAAAACUCCACCCUACUCUCCUACUGAAGACAAGAAGAGCGCCUGUAUCUCAGCUCCCACCCCUCCUUCUCACGCCGCUUCAGAAGCCACAACUGGCACGUCCGACGACGCCGCUUCAGAAGCCACAACUGGCACGUCCGACGACGCCGCUUCAGAAGCCACAACUGGCACGUCCGACGCCGCCGCUUCAGAAGCCACAACUGGCACGUCCGACGACGCCGCUUCAGAAGCCACAACUGGCACGUCCGACGACGCCGCUUCAGAAGCCACAAUUGGCACGUCCGACGACGCCGCUUCAGAAGCCACAACUGGCACGUCCGACGACGCCGCUUCAGAAGCCACAACUGGCACGUCCGACGACGCCGCUUCAGAAGCCACAACUGGCACGUCCGACGACGCCGCUUCAGAAGCCACAACUGGCACGUCCGACGACGCCGCUUCAGAAGCCACAACUGGCACGUCCGACGACGCCGCUUCAGAAGCCACAACUGGCACGUCCGACGACGCCGCUUCAGAAGCCACAACUGGCACGUCCGACGACGCCGCUUCAGAAGCCACAACUGGCACGUCCGACGACGCCGCUUCAGAAGCCACAACUGGCACGUCCGACGCCGCCGCUUCAGAAGCCACAACUGGCACGUCCGACGCCGCCGCUUCAGAAGCCACAACUGGCACGUCUGACGAUGCCGCUUCAGAAGCCACAACUGGCACGUCUGACGAUGCCGCUUCAGAAGCCACAACUGGCACGUCUGACGACGCCGCUUCAGAAGCCACAACUGGCACGUCUGACGACGCCGCUUCAGAAGCCACAACUGGCACGUCCGACGCGGCUUCAGAAGCCACAACCGGCACGUCCGACGACGCCACAACUGGCUACUGA